UAAUCCGACCGCGGGCGACGGGGAGGAAGAAGCACGGAACAGGGAGAGAUCCGGAAUCAUGGAAAAUGAGCGAGCGACUUAGAUAUACUAGGGGAAAGAGCUGGAGAUCUUAUAAGGAGAGCUGCAUAGAGUGGAUUCCUGGUUCGCCGAGUGGCGCGAUAUAUAAAAAGAGUAAAAAUUUUGAAAGAAACCUCCAUAAGAUUGUAGCUUUGUCCUCAGAUUAGAUGGAGAGUACUCAUGCUAGGAAGAGGCUUCGGCUUGCAUGGGAUGUGGCUCCAAGUAGUCGAGAGGUGUUUCUUGUGCUCUGUGAUGUUAGGGCAGAUAGGUUUGAGGCAGCGGUUCCAACAGCUCGUGGGGCAUCACCACCAUGGAGAGAAGAUGAUCGAGAGGGGCAUUACGUAUUUGAUCUCGGAGAGAAUCUUACCCCUCGAUAUAAAAUUCUUAGCAAGAUUGGUGAAGGUACAUUUGGUCGUGUUUUGGAGUGUUGGGAUAGGGAAGUACGUGAGUAUGUAGCUAUCAAGGUAGUUCGGAGCCUACGGAAAUAUCGCCAUGCUGCUAUGAUCGAAAUUGAUGUUCUUAAUAAUCUAUCUAAGAACGAUAGCGAAGGAUCACGUUGUGUUCAGAUUCGAAGAUGGUUUGACUAUCGCAACCACAUAUGCAUUGUGUGUGAGAAGCUUGGGCCAAGUUUAUAUGAUUUCCUAAGGAAAAAUAAAUACUCCCCGUUUCCUGUGGAACUUGUUCGAGAGUUUGGACGCCAGCUUUUGGAAGCUGUAGCAUAUAUGCAUGAUUUACGCCUUAUUCACACUGAUCUGAAGCCAGAAAACAUUCUUCUUGUGUCUUCUGAAUAUAUAAAGGUUCCAACCUGCAAGAGGUUUUCACAAGAUGAGAUCCAAUUCAGGUGCUUGCCAAAGUCAAGUGCCAUAAAGCUGAUUGAUUUUGGUAGUACUGCAUUUGAGAAUCAUGAUCAUAACUCAAUUGUUUCAACGAGGCAUUACAGGGCACCAGAGAUUAUUUUAGGUUUGGGGUGGCAUUAUCCUUGUGAUCUUUGGAGUGUUGGUUGCAUACUUGUAGAGCUUUGUACGGGUGAAGCAUUGUUUCAAACACAUGAGAAUUUAGAGCACCUUGCUAUGAUGGAAAGAGUCUUGGGACCAAUGCCAGAGCAUAUGGUUAGAGGAGCCAAGUAAGUAUUUCAAGUUUGUGAGCAAAAAAAUUAGUGC